GGCAGCAUGCACUUACAGCAGGUCCUUCUAGUCAGGCCAAGUUCACUCACUGUUGCUGAUUUCAACUAAAACGUCAGGGGCAGUAACCUUGGAGAACCUCAGCAGAGAUUGCUGGAGACUCAGACAGGCGACCUCCACGUUCAGGAUUUCGAGCAGCUUCUCUCAUUCCAGAUUGGCUCAGGCUUCAAAGGAGAGGCAAUGGCAUUUUACCCCCUGCAGAUUGCUGGUCUGGUUCUUGGCUUCCUUGGCGCGGUCGGGACUCUUGCCACAACACUUCUGCCUCAGUGGAGGGUAUCGGCUUUCAUUGGCAGCAACAUUAUCGUUUUUGAAAGGCUCUGGGAAGGGCUCUGGAUGAACUGCGUUCGACAGGCCAAGGUCCGGUUGCAGUGCAAGUUCUAUGGUUCUUUGUUGGCCCUCCCACCCGCCCUCGAAGCAGCGCGGGCCCUCAUGUGUGUGGCGGUUGCUCUCUCCUUCAUUGCUCUGCUCGUUGGCAUCUGUGGCGGGAAGCAGAUCCAGUGCACGGGCUCUAACGAGAGGGCCAAAGCAUACCUUCUGGGGACUUCUGGGGUCCUCUUUAUCCUGACUGGCAUCUUCGUUCUAAUUCCUGUGUGCUGGACAGCCAACAUCAUCAUCAGGGAUUUCUACAACCCCGCCAUCCACGUGGGUCAGAAGCGAGAGCUGGGAGCAGCCCUUUUCCUCGGCUGGGCGAGCACCGCCGUCCUCUUCAUUGGAGGGGGUCUGCUCUGUGGGUUCUGCUGUUGCAACCGAAGGAAGCAAAGACCCAGAUAUCCAGCCCCUGGAUAUUGUGUGCCACACACAGAGAAGCAGGGGGAACGUGACAACGCUUAGUAAGGCUUCCACCAGCUAUGUCUAAUACCUGCUUUGGGCUCAAGCUAUGGAUUGCAAUCAAAGUGUUUUAUAGAGUCCUGCCAGACACUGUAAGUACGUCAGGCACGAGAACUUGCUUUAUGGCUGCAUUUAAAUUGAGAUGAAAGUAUAAAGGGUAUAUAGACUGUACUCUGUUACUUGUGGUAGGAAUAGAAAUGACUUGCUUUGGACAUUCUGACCUCAUGUGUAUUAAAACCAUUUAUUAUUAUUAGACACAAAUAAUCCCCAUUCCAAUUUGUGUAGUUGAAAGUCAAGUAUAUCCACACCCUUAGUAUAACAAUAACUACUGUUUUUUGGCAAUCAUAUAUCACCUGCUAGGAAAUGCAAAUUUUAUUGCAAUAGAUAAUACACAGCAAUAAAACAUAUUCUAAAACAUAACCUAAGUUAUUUUCCUCCAAAUUAUUUCUUGUACUAAGACAGUAACAACUGAAAUAUAGACUUUUAUUUUUUAAGCAAUUACUCUGAAAUAUAAUAGAUCUCAAAUAAGGUUUUUUAAUUGAAUUUAUAAAAAUAUUGAAAUGCCCACCUAAUGAAAAGAUUUGGUAUUCCUUUUGGAAACUCAAAUGCACUGGCAAUUAGACACUUUUAGGGGAAAAAGGGGCUCUGAUUUCUCUCAGGAAAUUUAUGAAGAUGAUUUUAAAGCACCUAAUUUAUACAGUUGAACUUGCCUGGAAUUAUAUAUUCAAAGGAAAAUAAUUGAUAAAUGAAAAGUAAUAUGUUUCAUAACUUGCGAUUUGUACCUACAACAAACAGAAGUUAUCUGUCUUGAUAAGGUACAUCGAUAUAAGGCUAUAAACACUCAUCUCUCAUCAAGAGGAAAUACGGUCCUAAUUAGGGAAUUGAGGUUUGGGUGUUGAAGGGAAUGGUUUCUGUUCCUUGUUUUAUUCUUUAGUCAUUGUUCAGGUCUACACAGGCAAAGUAAAAUGAAGUAUGAAGAUAAUGAUUCAGGCAAUUAGUCAGGCUAAAAUAAGUACCUCUAUUUUAUUCUGUAAUAAAUAAAUAGGUAUGGCUAAGGCCUCUUGUUUUGCUUGAAUUAUGUGUAUUAUUUUCUCAUUUCUUCACUUCCCAUGCAUUUAACAUGCCAUAUUUAACAUGCCAAUAUCAGGGUUAAAAGUGUGUGUGGGGUGGGGGAGGAUGGGUAGAUGAGUGUUUGUGGGGCAAAAGCACUCCUAUGGGCUGCUUCUAAAUAUCUCCAAUAUCUUGUGAACCAAUGUUUAUAUAUCCA